CUUUAUUACAUUGAAAUCACAGAAUUAUAAUUUUAUUAUAAUAACUAUUUGUAUGUCCUUUAAUGGGACGGUUGGUUAGUUAGUUAGUUAGGUGGGGGACAGGUAUUGAUUUAUUUUGCACUGUAUUUAAACACAACAAAUGUUGACGGAUGACUAUUGCAAGUAAUUUAUUAGCUAUUUAACGCUAAUUUAAGUGAUUGUAUUGUAUUGUAUUGAAUAUUUAAAUACUAUUUACUUAACAUAGUUUAUUAAUGUGUGUUUGAGUUUUGUAUAUUUGAUUUGUCCAUUAGUGUUAGAAAAGUGAAAGUUUGCAAAAAAAACAAAAAAAAAUUGUUAAAUAAGUACUUUUUGUUUUAAUAGCCAUAAAAGUUUAAUAAAGUUUUUAUUUUCUGUAAAAGUGUUAUUAUUAUUAUAAAUUAUGGCAAAACAAUUAUCAAAAAUUAUGACCAAUUGGUACACAACGGUUAUAUUGUUGUCGUUGUCGGUAUCGUUAGUGGUCAGUGACUGUCCAGAAGUCAAAACUGUGGACAACUUUGACGUCAAUCGGUAUAUGGGAAAGUGGUAUGAAAUCAUGAAAUAUCCGAUGUUAUGGGAAACCGGACUAAAAUGUGUGACCCAAACACUAAUGGCUAACUCUAAUGGCACCUUAAGUGUCAAAAAUGCCGGUGUCUAUAAACUCAUUGAUUAUCCAGUAAGUAUAACUGGACUGGCUAUAUCAAACUAUACUGAUCCAGCUAAAUUAACUGUCGAAUUUAAGCCAUUUCCCUAUUACACCAGUAGAUCUAAGCUAUGGAUACUUGAAACCGAUUACUCAAACUAUGCAUUGGCCUAUUCGUGUAUUAAUCCACCUUUUGUACCCUUUAAUAUAGAAAAUGCAUGGAUAUUGAGCCGCAAACCAAACCUAAACCCACAAAUUGUUGAGCUAUUAAGGGAGCGAUUGAAUUCAAUUAAUAGUCCCAGUUAUUUGUUAUAUAGUACCGAUCAAAGUAAUUGUCCCAAAACUUCUAAUACCGAUCAAAAUGAACCUUAAAUUGAUUUUUUUUGGGUGUUAUUAUCAAUAUUUUUUUUUAAAUAAUAAUUA